AUGACACAUCCCAUAACGGUAAAGCCACGUGACCCUGAAAUAAGACCCCAAAUACCUAAAAAGGAGGCUAAAGGGUUGCAUGCAGUGAUAAGAUUGACUCUGCUGUGUGGUCGAAUAAUGGGCAUGUUACCUCUUAGUGGUCUCACAAAUCCACGCAUAGAUGUACUCAGAUUCACACUACUAUCGCCGUAUUCAUUAAUAUACUUUGGUACUCUGAUCGGCCAAGUAACAACAUUCUACUUCAGCGCUCGUUGGUUUCUGGAAAAUGAUAUCUCACUAUCUAACUUUACAAAUUUGCUAUUCCACACAUUAAGUGUGGCGACAGUGGCAAUAUUGGCCAAUAUUGGAAGACAUUGGUCCAAACUCAUGGCGAAAGUUGAAGAAAUUGAGAAUCAACUACCGCCUUUAUCUAAAAACAUAUCCAUAACCUGCAAUAUUGCUACGGGAGUCAGUCUCAUUUUAGCUUCAGUGGAACAUUUUCUAGCUGCUGUAUAUGGAUAUACUGUGACGAAAGCUUGUAACAACUAUGACGUUCUAGAAGUAUUCUUUCAUUACCGAAGACCUUGGAUUUUUGGAUACACUUCGUACAGUUUAUGGAAGGGGAUACUGUUUGAAAUAUGCAACAUUCAAUCUACAUUUCUAUGGAGCUACAACGAUGUGGUUCUUAUAGUUAUCAGUACAUAUUUAUCGGAACAUUUCGUGUUACAUAGUAAAUUGUUGAAGAAUGCUAUAGAACAGGAACAUUUCUCCAGCGAUGAAUUUCGUAUGCAAUACCUGAAAAUAGUCCGUCUAGUGAAGUUAAUAAAUGAUCACGUUGGCAUAUACAUCAUGACCUGCUUCGGAAGCAACUUCUACUGGAUAUGUGUGCAGUUAUUUUACACUUUGAACAAAAACCAAACUGGUCACUCCGGAGCUUGUCACAGCCAAAACGACAGGUCAGUCAUCUUGAUCAGUGAUAGUAUAGAACACACUCUGUACUUCACAUACUCGUUCAGUUUCCUGGUCGCGCGUGCUUUCAUUGUACUCCUGAUGGCUGCUAGAGUACAUUCGACCUCCAAUGCACCUCUCUUUCUUCUAUAUGAGGUGCCAGCUGCAAAGUUCAAUACUGAUGUUGAACGGUUUAUAUCACAGAUCACUAACAUUAAUGUGGCCUUAACUGGUCUUGACUUCUUCUAUGUGACACGGAUGAUGAUAUUAACGCUCUUCGGUAAUAUAAUCACAUAUGAAUUAGUGUUGCUGCAAUUUAAUAAAUAA